AUGUCUUUUGUCGCCAUGACGUACUGCCAGGGAUCCUGGUGCCUACUGCCCUCGCUUCUGCUGUUCACAAUCUGGGAGGCAGGGAGCGGCCAGCUCCACUACUCCAUCCCCGAGGAGGCCAAACACGGAACCUUCGUGGGCCGCAUCGCUCAGGACCUGGGGCUGGAGCUGGCAGAGCUGGUGCCCCGCCUGUUCAGGGUGGCGUCCAAGGACCGCGGGGACCUUCUGGAGGUAAAUCUGCAGAAUGGCAUUUUGUUUGUGAAUUCUCGGAUCGACCGGGAGGCAUUGUGCAGGCGGAGCGCGGAGUGUAGCAUCCACCUGGAGGUGAUCGUGGACCGGCCCCUGCAGGUUUUCCAUGUGGAGGUGGAGGUGAGGGACAUUAACGACAAUCCUCCAGUGUUUCCAACAGCACAGAAGAGUCUCUUUGUUUCGGAAACAAGAGCUCUAGACUCUCGUUUUUCACUAGAGGGCGCUUCAGAUGCAGAUAUUGGAACCAAUGCUCUGCUGACUUACAGACUGAGUUCCAAUGAGUAUUUCUCUCUGGAAGUACCAAGUACAGAUGAGCAGGUUAAACCACUGGAACUAGUGUUAAAGAAACCGUUAGAUAGAGAACGAGCUUCUGAGCUUCACUUAGUGGUUAAAGCAACGGAUGGGGGCAAACCCGAGCUCACAGGCACCUUGGAACUACAUAUCACAGUGCUGGAUGUAAAUGACAACGCACCAGUGUUUGACAGAGCAGUCUAUCGGGUGAAGCUGGUAGAAAAUGCAAGAAAUGGUACGAUGGUGGUUAAACUAAAUGCCUCGGAUUUGGACGAAGGUUCGAACAGUCAUAUUCUUUAUUCCUUUGCAACGGAUGUUUCCCCUAAGACAGAAGCUACUUUUUAUAUUGAUUCAGUCAGUGGAGAAAUUAAAGUCAGUGGAAAAAUAGAUUUUGAAGAAGCUAGUUUAUGGAAGAUUCAAGCAGAAGCAGUGGACAAAGGCAGUCCUCCAAUGUUCGGUCACUGCACAAUCUUAAUUGAAGUCCUGGACAUCAAUGAUAAUGCUCCCGAGUUAAUAAUAACAUCAUUAUCACUCCCUGUACGAGAGGAUGCUCCAUUGGGGACAGUUAUUGCCCUAAUCAGUGUGACAGACCGUGAUUCUACUGUCAACGGGCAGGUGACCUGUUCUCUGACUCCUCAUGUCCCUUUCAAGUUGGUGUCCACCUUCAAGAAUUACUAUUCGCUCGUGCUGGACAGCGCUCUGGACCGAGAGACCACACCUGACUACAAGGUGGUGGUGACAGCCAGGGAUGGGGGCUCGCCUUCCCUGUGGGCCACAGCCAGCGUGUCCGUGGAGGUGGCUGAUGUGAACGACAAUUCGCCCACGUUUGCGCAGCCGGAAUACACGGUGUUCAUGAAGGAGAACAACCCUCCUGGCGCACACAUUUUCACGGUGUCUGCCAUGGACGCAGAUGCUCAGGAGAACGCGCUGGUGUCCUACUCGCUGGUGGAGAGGCGGGUGGGCGAGCGCUCGCUGUCGAGCUUCGUGUCUGUGCACGCGGAGAGCGGCAAGGUGUUCGCGCUGCAGCCUCUGGACCAUGAGGAGCUGGAGCUGCUGCAGUUCCAGGUGAGCGCGCGGGAUGCUGGUGUGCCUUCCCUGGGCAGCAAUGUGACUCUGCAGGUGUUUGUGCUGGACGAGAACGACAAUGCUCCCACGCUGCUGCCCCACGGAGCCGUGGGAGCGGGAGGGGCAGUGAGUGAGUUUGUGCCUAGGUCAGUUGGUUCAGGUCACGUGAUCACCAAGGUGCGAGCAGUGGAUGCAGACUCUGGUUACAAUGCUUGGCUCUCUUAUGAACUCCAGACGUCAGCAGGCAAUUCCCGAAGCCUGUUCCGCGUGGGCCUAUAUACCGGCGAGAUCAGCACCACACGCGCCCUGGAUGAAGCGGAUGCGCUGCACCAGCGCCUGCUGGUGCUGGUGAAGGAUCAUGGUGAACCUGCUCUGACUGCCACAGCCACAGUGCUCGUUUCUCUGCUUGAGAACAGCCAAGCUCCAAAAACCUCAUCAAAAGCAUUGGUAGAUGCCAUUGGCCAAGAGGCGUCGCUGGUGGAUGUCAACGUGUAUCUGAUCAUCGCCAUCUGCGCUGUGUCAAGCCUGCUGGUGCUCACGCUGCUGCUGUACACCGCGCUGCGCUGCUCGGCGACGCCCACAGAUGGAGCCUGUGCUCCUGGCAAGCCCGUGCUAGUGUGCUCCAGCGCGGUGGGGACCUGGUCAUACUCACAGCAGAGGCGGCAGAGGGUGUGCUCUGGUGAGGGCCUACCAAAGACAGACCUCAUGACCUUCAGUCCCAGUAUUCCCCCUAGUUUGGGUUCUGGAGAUAGUGGAGUCCAACAAAAGAUCUUUGAGAAUGACAGUUUCUUCAAAGCCCUCGACCGCUUCGGAUAG